UAAAGAAUACCUGUUUUAUUCCCAGGAGAAGUCAGCAUGGGAUCUACUUCCUCUACAUCUAAACCCCAAAUCAGCACAGUCUCCACGGCAGCUCCAGUGACCAGCUCUACACCCUGUUCCUCCAGCCCUAAACAGGAACAUUUAACCUUGGCCUUUUUUGCCGGGGUUCUGCUGACACUGAUACUCGUGGCCCUUAUCUUCAUCAUCGUCAAGAGCUGCAAAAAAUGUUACUCCAAGGCCCAGGAGCCUAUCUCAGAGCCUCCCAUCAAGAAGCUUUCAUCUGUCUCAAAGGAGUCACUUACCUAUGCCAGCAUGACUUUCAAGCCCGCAGAAGGAAACAGCAGCGACUUGGCUGGAAAACACUCCACAGGCUUGGACACCACUGUCUAUUCUCAAAUUAAAGUGACAGGCCCAUCCCUGCCUCUCCAAUGAGGCAGAAUGCAGAAAUUCCACUCAGCUCCAGCUACGUUGUUGCUUUCUGGCUUUGUUUUGUAUGUUUGUUUUUGUUGUUUGUUUCCUACAAACUUAGGAGUACAGCCUGUGUACAAUGCAGUUGAAGUGUAGACCUGAUCUGCUAGUGCUGUCGUCUGUUUUAAAAACCAAUGGUUAAUUACUUUCUCCACCAGAGAAAAGGCUGCUAGUGCAUUCACUCUGAUUGGCAAUAGCAGCCCCUUAAAGCAACGCCUUUGAACUUUCCAAAAGCAGACAGAGCAAGAUGAAGAAACUCACUGAUGAUAACCAGAGAGGAACCGACCCUAAUGAACAUUCUAAGAUUUUCAAAUAAUGGCGAACACUCCUCCAAUGUUGGCCGCCCCUCGUUAGUUGUCACUCUGUCCCAUCAUCUUCUUCAGAAGUCAAGACCAGAGCUAUAAGCCAACACAAAGUUCAUAUUGUAUAGGACACUAGUCAAAUGUGGGUGACAAUCUUGGUUGCGAGACAAAGGUGAAGAUUAAACAUGUUCAUUUACCUUCAAAACAAAGGGACAACCAUAUAGACCUCCUCAUUAAAAGUAUCAGGAAGAUUCUUUUUAAUUAGGCAAGCAUAUUCUGAAAUAUAAGUACUAAAUAAGAAGAAAAAUUAUAAAGUCAACAUGAGGAUUGGUGUGGUAGAUAAGGGUAUUUGCUACCAAAUCUGACAACUUGAAUUCAAUCCGUGGGACUUAUAUGGUGAACACAGAGAACUGACUUCUUCACAUUUACUCUGUGGUGUGUGUAAAUGCCAGUAUACAAACACACAUGCACGGACAAAUAUGCACUCAACUGUUGUGACAGUAUUCUUAAGAUUUGUUUUAUUUUAUGCAUGCAGUAUUCUACCUGCAUGUAAACCUGCACCAGAAGAGAGCAUCAGAUCCCAUUUGUAGAUGGUUGAGAGCCAUCAUGUAGAUGCUUGGAACUGAACUCAGAACCUUUGGGAGAGCAGCCAAUGCUCUUAACCACUGAGCCAUCUCUCCAGUUUGUUACAGCAUUCUUAAGGCCUGUGAAAGCCCUAGCAUGGAGAGGUGAGUUGGGCACACAAUUCUAUCCCUAGCUGAAGAAUGUUGGCAAUUAUUAGCUGCUGGUAAACAAAGAGUGUUCUCUAAGAGUAUAGUCCCUGGUAAAUUGACUGAGAAUAAAUUCAAUACAUAGCCACUGGGCAAAACUGG